CGCCAACCCUGCAGUGCAGACAGAAGCGUCGCACCCUACCUUGCAUCUUUCGGCGGCAGCCUUGGUGGCAUAGGCUGCAGUGCAUCCCUACCGGACCAAUCGACAUCCCUGAGCAUUCUCGCCGUAACAAAGCACUUUUUGGCUGCACACCCAUUACCCAGCCCUAAUAAUAUACCUAUUCUCCCUUGGAAGGCUGACUUUGUCUUCUUUCCCCCCCACCACCACCUGCGCCACUGUUGCGACUGCGUCGCUGCGACAAAAUGCCCUACAACACUCGCCGCAAGUCGCUGUCGCUGCCGUCACUCGGCAUCCAGCUACCGGGAGCGCCCCGAUCCACACGCUCACCGCCUUCGACAAGCGACGGCCAGCACGUCGCGAAGAAACAGAAACGCUCACACUCGGGCUCGCUUUCAUCGGCGCUUGCAUCACCACCACGGCCAUCGGCGCUGCGUAUUGAUGAGCACCGACCCAAAAGCUCAGGCCGUGUGGCAGACACCCCGCCACCGUCACCAGGCGGCGAGUCUGGCAACGCAAAGAUAGACACCCAAGGCAUCGACGACGAGAUUGUUGUCGGCGUCAUUGAGCAGCUCGAAAAGACUGGCAAUCGUCCUCACCUGCUCAAGGAGCUCGCGUUGGUUCUGUCACCCAUCAUCCCCAUUGUCGAGAGCUCGGCCAAUCCAGCCGCCAUCAUCUCGUCCCGCUUAGCGACAUACCUCAAGCGCAAUUGGACCGCCCUGUCGAGAUGUCCCCUCGACAAGAAACUGGUAGGCACGCAUCCAAAGCGUGUCUACUACUUCUUGUCGACGCGCCCACACCAGCCUAUCCCUGCCGAUGGGGGUAAUGUCCCCGUGGCCCCGCGUAUCGUUACGCCGUCGCUUUCGUCUGCUACGUCGGAAGAAGAAGACAUGGACGCAAGGUCUCGAGACCGCAUGUCGCCGUCGCCAGAGCUAGAUCUCUCCGACUACGACAGCAACGCAAGCGACCCCUUUUCCAACCACACUCACCCGCCUACGAGUGCCAAUAUUUCACACAACCGCCGCGCUCAGUCGCCACCAUUGGAAAAGGACGAGCGUGAGUUUACGCAGACGGCGUCGUUUCUUCAACAACGCCGAAUGAGCCAAGAAGCGGAGCGUGCGCGGUCUGCCAGCGCCUCUGCCGAACCCAGGCAAAGCAGCGACGUCAAGAUGGAGGAAGUGGCCGUGUCGGUCGAGGAGACAAUAGAGAGCGCCGCCCGCAAGGACUCGGAAGCGGCGGCAGCCCUCUUUGGCCCCAUGGACCAGGUGGUCAGCUUCCACGGCGCGCUUUCGCCAAGCAGCCCAGGGCUAAAACCCACGCUCCACAUCGACAUGGCGCCGCCGUCGCUCAAGCGCAAAGAGAUAAAACUCGAGUUUGACGACGACUGGGUCAUGCGGAGCCCGGAGCUCAUUGACGUGGACGAGCUCGACGAUCUUUUUGGGGGCUACUAAGCCCGUGGGCCUGGCGGGGCCUUGUCUCAGCACACGAUGUUUACGAUUCUCUUGGGGCAUGUUGUCUUCACUAUUUGGACUAUAUCUAUUGUAUUCUCAGCUCAUUGUCGUUUUGUCACAGGGUACGUCCUAGAUGGAUCUGUUCUGCCGCUCGUGGUGUGGGUUUUACACUCUAGGGAUGUUGGGCUUGUCGCACGGAGUUCUUGAGAUGUGGGUGUCUAGGAAGGAAUUCUGUACGAUAUUGGGCGCAGAGUGUACUUGUUGCGAUGGGCGCUUAGGGGUCUGGCCGAUGGGCUGGACGGCUGCUUGGCGCAGGCAUGGGCGGACCGGAGAAGCGUUGGCGAACAUCUGGCACUGUUGCAGCCGGGCGGGCGCGACAGCACAUGGACUGCAAGAAACUGUGGACUGCUGCUAUAUAUAAAAGCUCUCGAAAUUGG